UCUCUGUUAUAAGUGCUUAUAAACUAGUAAUGGAGUGGCCCAUCUUAUUUACAGCAGCUUCUUUAACUCCAUCGGCCUCCGCCAGGCCUCGAGUAACAACUGCAUCUGCAUGUGCUCACGGACUUGGCGAAUAAACUUUGGAAAAAGUGGGGUAUCCAUGCGAGGUGCUUAUCCGCAUCACUCCUGUAUGCCUCGGCCCCGUUAACCCCCCCGGUAGUCCCUGUCUAACAAACCUAUAUAAAUAUACGUUUAUCCCCUUCGUUCUACCCGCACCUCUUUUUACCCAUCUCCAACCCCUUUUAUCUUUGACCUCUUUUAUCUCCAGCCUCUUUUUGCCUAUCUCGCUUAGCACUCUAACUCGUUCCAAUACCAUCAUCAACAUGCCCUCUAGCCUCACCACCAUUUCUCCCCAGAAGUGGGACGUCUUCAUGAACAUCGCGGAUGCAAUUAUCCCACCAACCACCCCGGAGAAUAUCCGCGAAUACCUUGACCCCGAAUUCCCGCCUGAGAAGCUCGCUGCAUACUGCCGCGAGCUGCCGUCCACCACACCUGGCUUCAAAAAGAUGAUGGCGGAGAUCAUCGACUCCUCGCCAGAGGCUUCGGCCAAGAACUUUGAGUUUGUGUUGACGGCGCUUAACAACCGGCUUUUCGCCCCGGCGCUCACUGGGUCGAUCCGCCACAUAAACGACAUGACGCCGCGUGAGCGUGCCCGUGUCGUGCAAAGUUGGAAGACAUCGCCGCUCGCACCGAAGCGCCGCCUCUACAGCUUUUUCAAUUCGUUAGUGUCGUCUAUUUGGGGAAAGUUGUCAGUACUCAACCAGUUGGCCAUUGGCCACGAAAUGAAACACUCGAAGAAAUACGACGCGGAAUUUUACCAUCCUGACGAAAUGUUUCGUUUCGAGAUGUGUAGCCUCGCAGCUGCCGCGGGCGAGACAUAUGACGUGGUGAUUUCUGGCAGUGGCAGUGGUGCGGGUGUGGUUGCAUCUCAUCUCGCGCGCAGCGGCUACUCCGUGCUCGUGCUUGAAAAGGGAAAAUACUUCCACCAAUCCGAGUUGGACAAGGCUGAAAACGAGGGGUUCUACGAUAUGUACGAAAGCGGUGGGACGUGUGCGACGGAAGACCUGUCGAUGACGAUUCUCGCAGGAGCGACGUUUGGCGGCGGCUCUACCGUAAACUGGUCCGCAUCUCUAAAAACGCCGGAAGACAUUCGCCACGAAUGGGCGACCCAAUUUAACCUCCCGUGGUUUGAAACCGAGGAUUUUGACAAAUGCUGCGAUUAUAUUUCCGAGUUUAUGGGUGUUUCUGAUAAACACAUUGAGCACUCUUUUUCCAAUCAGAUUUUGUACGAUGGGGCGGAGAAAUUGGGGUAUAAAGUGAAGAAAAUCCCGCAAAACACCGGAAACCAGGCUCAUCCAUGCGGAAUGUGCCACAUUGGGUGUCGCUACGGUAUCAAACAAGGGGGAGUGGCGUGCUGGUUGAAGGACGCGGCGUUGCACGGCUGCAAGUUUGCGGCCGAAGCGACAGUCCAGGCGAUUGUCCAGAAACAGGGACGCGCGACGGGUGUGACCGUGUGCGAUAAUGCGACCGGAAAAACCUACACCAUCUGCGCGCGCACGGUGGUGGUUGCGAGCGGCUCUCUCCACACUCCGUUGUUGAUGAAGCGCUCGGGCUUCAAGAACAAGCACAUUGGAAAGAACUUGAAGUUGCACCCGAGCACGGUCGUGUUUGGGUAUUUCGCUGAAGAAACGCGGCCGUUUGAAAAGUCCAUCAUGACGACAGUCGUUACGGAAAUAGACAACUUGGACGGAAAGGGACAUGGGCCAAAAAUCGAAACCAUUCUCCACUCGCCCAUCUUGGAAUACGUCUUCCUUCCGUGGAUCAACGGUCAGCAGUUCAGACAGGAUUUGCUCAAAUACAAGCACCUCUCAGCCCUCCUUCUCAUCACUCGCGACGAGGGUGCAGGUGCAGUGACGGAGGACCCCAAGCGUCCUAACACCGUCAAAAUCGACUAUGUGAUAUCAAAAUACGAUAAAUACGCGUUACAGCAGGGGAUUUUGAAGGGUGCGGACAUCUUGUACAUCCAGGGCGCCCUGGAGUUGAUCCAUCCACAGGCGGGGGUCCCGAGAUUUGUUCUGGCGAAAGUCGCGCAUGCGCGCACGCUUGCGGACGCGGACUAUCAGAAAUGGCGCCACAUCGUGGAACGCACGCCUUUGGAUCACUACCAGACACCCUACGGAUGUGCCCACCAGAUGAGCAGCUGCAGAAUGUCAGGUAAUGGGCCGUCGCAGGGCGCGGUUGACAAGACCGGUCGUUUAUUCGAGUGCAAAAACGUGUUUGUCGCAGACACGAGUGUAUUUCCAACCGCCAGCGGGGUCAAUCCGAUGAUUUCGGUGAUGACAAUAGCGCAUCGUAUCGCGAUGAAUGUGGCUGACGGAUUAAAGCCAUCACCGGCAUUGUAGGUAGAGGAUUUAUCCCAAACAUAGAUGGGUUACUUUUUUUCUGUGAUUAUUUAAUUUUAAAUGAAGGUGGUAUUGUGGUGUAACAGUUAUUCCGACAGGGAUUGUAAAGAGUGUUGUGGGAGAAGGGGUGGGUAUUUUAUUAUCAGGCCUAGAGAUUUUUAAAGACUUGUUGAACGGUACGGGCUACAUGAACCCACCUUGCCGGUGUGUUUGCAUAUACUCAAUAGACAACUAAUCCCGUUGUUAGUCUAUGUUGAUACAAUAUCUUCCAAAUAGCAUCCUUUGGUUUAAACUACUUAGG